AUGGACGUGUUCCGGCCGAUGGUGUCACUCACUUGGCUCGAUCUGUCCCACAACCACAUCAGCGUGGUGUCGGGCUCGUUGGUGGCGACCAGUUUGAUCUCGCUCAAUUUGUCCUACAAUCGUCUAGUGGAGAUGGAUUGCUGUGGAUGGGUGAUUCCAAAGCUGUACGGUAUGGCCAUUAACGACAAUCGAUUCCCAGCGUUGCCCAGGUGUCUGGAGCAUGCUUUCCAGAAUGUGACUCGUUUGACGUUUGACACGAAUCAACUUCUGCCGGAUAUCAUGUUCCAGCUCGGUAGACUUACGAACAUUGAGUUUUUAAGCCUAACGGACAACAAGCUGACCCACGUUCCGCUGAACGAGAGUACCAUACCCAAGCAACUGAAGUAUUUGAAUCUCGGGCACAACAACUUAAAACGCCUGGAUGUACCGUAUGUACCGAGCGAAGAUUUACACAUCGACGUUAGCUCGAACUGCAUUAGCAAAAUAGAUUGGGACAGAGUUUCGGCCAAUCUAACGAAAUUAGGAAUGGAAGGAAAUCCAUUGGACUGCAGUUUCAGCAUUUCCACUAGAGCGGACAUUCAGUCGAAACUGGUAUGUAAAAAGCACUGCAUUGAGCGUUGUGAUUCCGAAACUUCCGAAACUGAAUGUCAAUUAUAA